AUGGAUAAGGAUAAGGAAAGGUGGAAAACGAAAAACUGGCUCAGGAACUCCGCUUUAAGUGCAAUUUUCAGUCUGACUUUUGUCCUUCAGGCAACACAAGUGAGAGCAGCUGAACCCGUGGAUGUGCUCAAGGUCUUAGACUUUAAAAGUUCACCGGAAGGAGUGAAGAAAACACAAGGCUUCUGCACCAUCCGGAGAGGAUCCAAACCAGAUGUGGCCUACCGAGUGGACAAACGGGCUCAACUCAGCACCCCAACCAAGCAGCUCUUCCCAGGAGGAGUAUUCCCUCAGGACUUCUCCAUCCUUAUGACUAUCAAACCAAAGGCGGGAGUACAGUCCUUCCUUUUGUCUGUAUACAACGAGCAGGGCAUCCAGCAGCUGGGAGUGGAGGUGGGCCGUGCGCCGGUCUUCCUGUAUGAGGAUCAGCAUGGGAAGCCCGCUCCUGAGGAUUACCCCCUUUUCCGUGCCAUUAACCUUGCAGAUGGAAAGUGGCACCGUGUGGCUAUUAGCAUCGAAAAGAAGACCGUCACAAUGAUUGUGGACUGUAAGAAGAAGAUUUCUAAACCACUAAGCAGAAGUGACCACACAAUCAUUAACACCGAUGGCAUCACAGUCUUUGGGACCAGAAUCCUGGACGAGGAAGUUUUUGAGGGGGACAUCCAGCAGCUUCUUUUGGUGGCAGACCCUCGUGCAGCCUCUGACUACUGUGAACACUACAGCCCUGACUGUGAAACCCCCCAUCAGGAGACACCACAGGCCCAGGAACCUGAAGAAGAGUACAAUACUGAAUACACAGAUUAUAAUGAGUUCUAUGACUACACAGAAGAAGUGACUGCCACUGAAAAUCCCAUUGACAACAUCGGUACUGAGACCAAGCCCAGCACUGUUGACACUGGAGACUACUAUGUUGAGCAGGACUAUGGCACUGAAGCCCCUUCUGUUUCCAUUCCAGCCAAUGAGAAUCCAUCGCCAAAAGAAGAAAUAGUAGACGACUACAUUACAGGGAUAGAAGAAGUUGGAGUGGAUCCCACCAUUGCCACCAGUGAGAAUGUGGAUAUUGUGGAGUCCAAAAACACGAAUGGUGCAGAAAACCAGUACUUUAAGGAAUACGACAUUAAUGAAUAUGAUGCAAAAGAAUUAGACCCCAGCAUUUAUGACGAUUCGCUCUAUGACUAUAAUACUAAUGGAGCUAAACCCACUGGAUCGACCUACGACAGCGAGUUUGGACCGGGCCGACCUGCUGAAACACAGAUCACGGAGAGUAAUGUAGGUGGUGGCUAUGGCGGUGAGAAGGGGCAAAAAGGUGAACCUGCAGUCAUUGAGCCGGGGAUGCUAGUAGAGGGACCCCCAGGACCACCAGGUUCCCCUGGUCUCCCCGGCACUCCAGGUAUACAAGGCUCCUCUGGCCUCCAUGGAGAUCCUGGUGAGACAGUAGGUGGUGGCUAUGGCGGUGAGAAGGGGCAAAAAGGUGAACCUGCAGUCAUUGAGCCGGGGAUGCUAGUAGAGGGACCCCCAGGACCACCAGGUUCCCCUGGUCUCCCCGGCACUCCAGGUAUACAAGGCUCCUCUGGCCUCCAUGGAGAUCCUGGUGAGACAGGCCCUCCUGGUCGUCCUGGUUUGCCAGGCGCAGAUGGAGCUCCGGGGCCCUCUGGCACCAUCCUCAUGUUGCCGUUCCGCGCUGGUGGAGAAGCUUCAAAAGGUCCAGUGGUGACGGCACAAGAAGCUCAGGCCCAAGCCAUCCUUGCCCAGGCCCGGUUGACUAUGAGGGGACCACCUGGUCCAAUGGGACUGACGGGACGUUCUGGCCCUGUAGGUGGUCCUGGUGCAUCUGGUGCUAAAGGGGAAAGUGGAGAUCCUGGCCCACAGGGACCAAGAGGACUUCAAGGACCUACUGGACCAGCUGGAAAACUAGGCAAGAGGGGCCGAAAUGGAGCUGAUGGAGCCAGAGGAAUUCCUGGAGAAUCGGGAGCCAAGGGAGACCGAGGAUUUGAUGGACUUCUUGGUCUACCUGGUGAGAAGGGACACAGGGGUGAGGCAGGUCCCAUUGGCUUACCAGGCCCUCCAGGAGAGGAUGGACCAAGGGGCGAGGAUGGUGAGAUUGGACAGAGAGGAAUGCCAGGAGAAAGUGGUCCUCAAGGAGAGCCUGGACCGCAUGGACAACAGGGUAACCCCGGUCCACAUGGUCUGCCUGGUCCUCAAGGCCCGAUCGGUCCACCUGGAGAGAAAGGUCCCAGUGGGAAACAGGGGCUCCAUGGACUGGCUGGGGCUGAUGGGCCUUCUGGUCAUCCUGGGAAAGAGGGUCCUCCUGGGGAGAAAGGAGCAGCUGGCCACCCAGGUCCCCAGGGGUCCAUUGGCUAUCCCGGUCCCCGAGGCGUGAAGGGUGCAGAGGGCGUUCGUGGCUUGAAGGGCAACACAGGAGAAAAGGGAGAAGAUGGUUUUCCUGGGUUCAAGGGUGACAUGGGCCUCAAGGGUGACAAGGGAGAGGUUGGUGUGCUGGGCCCCAGAGGAGAAGACGGACCAGAGGGGCCGAAAGGUAAAGCAGGUCCCACUGGAGAGGCUGGUUCUUUGGGCAUGGCAGGAGAGAAGGGAAAACUUGGUGUUCCAGGUUUGCCUGGCUACCCAGGAAGACAAGGUCCUAAGGGCUCAACUGGUUUCUCUGGCGUCCCUGGAGCCAAUGGUGAGAAGGGAGCAAGGGGUAUUGCUGGUAAAGCGGGUCCACGAGGACAAAGAGGACCAACGGGUCCCCGUGGUGGAAGAGGUGCCAGAGGUCCAACAGGAAAACCUGGACCAAAGGGAACAGCAGGAAAUGAUGGACCAGCUGGUGGCCCAGGAGAGAGAGGACCCCAAGGACCUCAGGGCCCUGUUGGAUUACCAGGCCCUAAAGGACCACCUGGGCCUCCUGGAAAGGAUGGAUUGCCCGGUCACCCUGGACAGCGAGGAGAGACUGGUUUCCAAGGAAAGACUGGACCUCCUGGACCUGGAGGUGUUGUUGGCCCACAGGGCUCUACUGGAGAAACUGGACCUGUUGGAGAGAGAGGACAUCCUGGAUCGCCAGGGCCCCCUGGAGAGCAAGGUCUUCCCGGAGCUGCUGGCAAAGAAGGUGGAAAGGGUGAUCCAGGUCCUCAGGGGUUUUCUGGGAAACCUGGCCCUUCCGGACUGAAAGGGUUCGCAGGCCAAAGAGGGCUUCCUGGCGCAGCGGGUACAUCUGGUCUGAAGGGAGGCGAGGGUCCACAAGGUCCACCCGGCCCUAUUGGGUCACCAGGAGAGAGAGGGGCAGCUGGACCAGGAGGACCCAUUGGUCUAACAGGACGUAAUGGACCUCAGGGACCCCCAGGACCUGCUGGGGAGAAGGGUGCUCCGGGUGAAAAAGGACCUUCUGGUCCUGCCGGUCGGGAUGGUAUCCAAGGUCCAGUCGGACUCCCAGGCCCAGCCGGACCUCAGGGUCCACCUGGAGAGGAUGGUGACAAGGGAGAAGUUGGAGGACCGGGUCAAAAGGGAAGCAAGGGCGACAAAGGCGAACAUGGUCCACCAGGUCCAGUAGGCCCUCAGGGUGUAAUUGGAGCUCCAGGUCCUGCUGGAAGUGACGGAGAGGCCGGACCCAGAGGUCAGCAGGGUAUGUUUGGGCAGAAGGGAGAUGAGGGGCCCCGUGGUUUCCCAGGUCUUCCCGGUCCCGUUGGACUGCAGGGUUUGCCAGGACCACCAGGUGAGAAAGGAGAGAAUGGCGACGUCGGCCCAAUGGGUCCACCUGGUCCUCCAGGUCCCAGAGGUCCUCAAGGUCCUAGUGGAGCAGAUGGUGCUCCUGGCCCUCCCGGAGGUAUUGGCGCAAUGGGUGGAAAUGGUGAAAAGGGUGAGAACGGUGAGGCAGGUAAUCCAGGACCACCAGGAGAGCCUGGUACAGUAGGACCCAAAGGUGAGCUUGGAGAGAAAGGAGAAGCUGGCCCUCCUGGAGCUGCAGGACCCGCUGGUGCAAGAGGACCCCCUGGAGAUGACGGUCCCAAAGGAAACCCAGGUCCCAUUGGCUUCCCUGGAGAUCCAGGUCCUCCUGGUGAGCCCGGAGCUGCUGGACUGGAUGGCCUUCCUGGAGACAAGGGAGAUGAUGGAGAGGCCGGUCAGCCUGGUCCACCUGGUCCAUCUGGUGAAGCUGGUCCUCCAGGACCCCCUGGAAAGCGAGGUCCUGCUGGCCCAGCUGGUACAGAAGGCAGGCAAGGAGAGAAGGGCGCAAAGGGUGAGGCUGGUGCUGAAGGACCAGCGGGCAAAACUGGGCCUGUGGGCCCCCAGGGGCCUCCUGGAAAGUCUGGAGCUGAGGGCUUACGUGGCAUCCCUGGGCCUGUGGGUGAGCAGGGACUUCCUGGAGCUGCUGGCCAAGAUGGUCCUCCUGGACCGUUGGGUCCUCCUGGUCUUCCUGGCUUGAAAGGUGACCCUGGUACUAAGGGUGAGAAGGGUCAUCCAGGUCUGAUUGGUCUGAUCGGUCCUCCCGGUGAGCCAGGAGAGAAGGGUGACCGAGGACUGCAAGGACCUCAGGGACUUGGUGGAGGCAAGGGUGACUCUGGUCCCGUUGGUUCUCCUGGUCCCUUCGGUCCCCCAGGUCCUCCUGGUAUUCCUGGCACACACGGACAGAAGGGAUCCAAAGGAUCAACUGGUCCAGCUGGCCAGAAGGGAGACCCUGGCCUGAUGGGACCACCAGGUCCUCCUGGCCCAGCUGGUGACAUCAUUCAGCCCCUCCCCAUCCAGACAAGUAAAAAAUCGAGGAGGUCGCCCGACAUGCAGGAUGACGAAGCAGCGGGAAUGAUGGAUUAUGGUAUGGAGGGAGUGGAGGAUGUGUUUGGAUCCCUCAACACCCUCAAGCAGGACAUUGAACGCAUGAAGUUCCCACUGGGAACCCAGGAUAACCCAGCCAGAACCUGCAAAGACCUUCAGCUCAGCCAACCAGACUUCCCUGAUGGACAUUACUGGAUUGAUCCAAAUAUGGGAUGCAUGGGAGAUGCCUUCAAAGUGUACUGUAACUUCACUGCAGGAGGAGAAACUUGCAUUUACCCCGAUAAGAAAUCCUCAGGGGUUAGAAUAUCAAACUGGCCAAAGGAGUCCCCGGGAUCUUGGUUCAGUGAAUUUAAGCGUGGAAAAAUUUUGUCUUAUGUGGAUGUUGAGGAGAGCUCGAUAAACUCAGUCCAGAUGACGUUCCUCAAGUUGCUCAGCUCUUCUGCCCGGCAGAACUUCACAUACAUAUGCCAUCAGUCUGUGGCCUGGUAUGACGCCAAGGCUGACAACUAUGGCAAGGCGCUGCGCUUCCUGGGCUCUAAUGAUGAGGAAAUGUCCUAUGACAACAACCCCUUCAUCAAGGCUCUCUCAGAUGGCUGCUCGCUGAAGCAGGGAUAUUCUAAGUCUGUGAUGGAAAUUAAUACUCCUCGCAUCGACCAGGUGCCCAUCAUCGAUGUCAUGUUGAAUGACUUUGGGGAAUCCAGUCAAAGGUUUGGCUUUGAGGUAGGCCCUGUCUGCUUUCUCGGUUAAAGGACACCCCCUCUACCUUUAUGGCAAGGGUCAAGGAGUGUGGCCAGCCAAGAGACCCCCUGCCCACCCCCUCCUUGUGCCACAGACACACACACCAGCAGCAGCUGCACUGUGUAUUCGGAAAUGGAAUAUCCAUCGCCCUGGUGGGAUCCCAGUCGCACGACUGAAACCUGGAAUUGGAAUAAAAACAGAGGACACGAACUACCCGGUGGACAAUGGCGCAAUUUUAGGAGAGGAAGGAGGACCCAUUCCUUUAACAUCUCACCACUCUAAAGCCUGUAAGAUUCUUUUCCCAUUUCCAAACUCUUUUUUUCUCCACUUGAAGUUUUAAGGCUUGUUUUUUUUUUGUCCCAUUCCAAGCUUAAUCCCAGCACCAAUUACUCCCGAUCCCAGUCCUUCCCCAAGCCCCAAUCCAAUUAAUUCCCAAUCCCGUUCCUGCUCAUUUUUCCUGUAUCCUUUACAGAUCCUCCUCCAGGUGCUGCUCAGAGCAAGGCAACCACAGUGGUGUGCUCUUGCCGUAAACACCCAAUCACUUAAGGUGCUAUUGAAAGUGCUUUUUUAUUUUUUUGUAAAACUGUAAUUAUUAUUUUGUACAAUACUGUUCUUUCACGAUUGCCUUUAAAUCUUGCAUGUGCAUCAAAAUUGAUUUGAUAACUAUCAAGAGUCUUUUCUCUAGAUGUGUUUUUUUUAUUUUGUUUUCGUGUUUGAAAACCAACAGUGCAACAGAUUUCUUCACAAGAUGUCAAUCAAUCAAGUGUCCCUG